AGCGCGGGCCGGCGUUCCCCGCCGGGGCGGUGCGGCGCUGUGCCGGUCCCCCUGCGGUAGCGGCGGCCCGGUUGGGACUCGCUGCCUCCCGAUCCCGGUCCCGAUCCCGAUCCCGAUCCCGAUCCCGGUCCCACCCCGCUGACCCUGCAUGGCCAAACAGAGCCCUGCGGAGCCGCAGGCGGCGGGGCCGAGCGGCGCGGCCCGCGGGAAGAGCAAGAAGAGGAGGAAGAAGAGGAAGGCCCUGGGGGAAGCGGCGGCCGCGUCGAAAGGCCCGGGCAUGGCGGCCGUGGGUCCCCCCCGUAACCCGCAGGAGUUCUCCUCCAACUGGAAGGCGCUGCAGGAGCUGCUGAAACAAAAUAACUCCAACAAGCCCAUCUCCACGGGUCAAACAGACAACAAAAAGAAGCAGCCACUCAAAGCAGCCAAAAGCCCAGGAGUCCCAGCAGUCAAUGGGAAUGGGAAUGUGGUAAAAGCCAAAUCUACCAAUAAAAUGGACAGUGGGUCUGCUAAAGCCAGUCCUCCUUUGGCCAAGCCAGAAUCCAAGGGGGCUACAGCAAAUAAGAACUUAAAUGGCACCAAAAGCAACGGGAAAAGCUGCAAAAAACAAAAGAAAAAUGGCAUUGUUGUGAAGGAGAAGGAUGAACUGAAACAUAAGAGGAGGAAAGCUGAGGAACACGUGGAGCAGCAGCCCAAAGAGGCUGACAUCUGGUUUGAUGACGUUGAUCCCAAAGAUAUUGAAGCAGCAUUAGGACCUGAAGCAGCAAAAAUUGCCAGAAGGAACCUGGGACUUGAAACAGAGCAAUCCCAGUCUGUGGAGCAGGUGCUGGUUAAGGAGAAGGCUUUUGAUGGGCUGACCCGGGCCGUGGCCAUGGACUGUGAGAUGGUGGGGGUGGGCCCCAAGGGCGAGGACAGCAUCUUGGCUCGGGUGUCCAUCGUCAACCAGUUUGGGAAGUGUGUUUAUGACAAGUAUGUCAAGCCCACAGAGAAGGUGACAGACUACAGGACAGCUGUCAGCGGCAUCCGGCCUCAGAAUAUCAACACAGGUGAAGACUUUAAAACGGUUCAGAAGGAGGUGGCUGAGAUCCUGCAGGGAAGGAUUUUAGUUGGACACGCCUUACGGAACGACCUAAAGGUUCUACUUCUUGAUCAUCCUCACAAGAAGAUCAGGGACACACAGAGAUACAAACCUUUCAAACAGAGAGUCAAGAGUUCCAGGCCGUCCCUGAAGCUGCUCUGUGAGAAGCUGCUCAAUGUUCAGGUGCAGACAGCAGAGCACUGCUCGAUCCAGGAUGCACAAGCAGCUAUGAGACUUUACACCCUGGAGAAAAAGAAAUGGGAAGCUGCUGUUAAGAACAAAGCUAACAACAAAAAUGGUAAAACUUAAAAACACAGGGUAGAAUCUUUCAUCUCUGCAGCAUUUGGUGGUUUGAUGUCACAUUCCACAUUUAGAGAUUAGUCAGAAUUGACAGCAGCUAUGUCAUAAAAUCAGUCCAAAGACAAUGCUACAGUAACCUGGAAGUUCAAGAAUGCUGCUGGUAUCCCUGUGGAUGGGCCCUGUGCCUGAUGCCUGCUACUGUGUUCAAACAACCUUUGUAACAAAUGCCUGCAGUUGGGAAGAACUUCAUCAGUUAAAUUUCUUCAAUGGAAAUAGACAAUGAAUAAGUUAAAAAAUUAAAUUAUGUUAGGUGAAGGAAGAAACUGUCAUUGCUUUGUCAAAACUCCGAGGAUUAAAAUCUUUAUUUCAAGUAUGUUGAGGUCCACAAAGUGAGGUCUACUACAAGGUGAAUUCUUAAAUAUUGCUGUUAGUUACACAGUUGUGGUACCCAAACCAUCAAUAAAUACCUGUUUGCAUAUUA